AUCUUGUCCACAACUAUAAUAAGAUUGCUAAAAAGAAAUAAACGCAAAACAAACAAUGGCCCGUCCGCGCGCGCAGUCGAGCGCUGAAGGCCCCAAAGAGCCCCAUUCGGUCUCUCUCAAAGUAUUGCGCCUUUCGCGGCCCUCGUUAUCAUACCAGUAUCCGCUUCCUGUUGCCAAUACGAAGAUCUCAACCAAGGCGUCGUUGAGUUAUCCAUCUGAGAAUGCCGAUGAUCAAUUUAUCCUUAGUCCUAAUCUCACUCUACCCCCAACCUUUGGAUCCGCUUAUGUGGGCGAAACUUUCGCCUGCACGCUAAGCGCAAACAAUGAACUUUCCGAAGAUGGAGCAUCGCGCGUAAUCACCUCCGUCCGAAUCGUCGCCGAAAUGCAAACCCCAUCUCAAGUAGCCUCGCUAGAGCUCGAAUCCGCCGACCAUGAGACCGCCUCGGCAGAUGGUCUAAACAAAGCGCAAUCGCUACAGAAAAUAGUCCGGUUUGAUCUAAAAGAGGAGGGAAACCAUAUCUUGGCUGUUAGUGUUAGUUACACGGAGACGUUGAUGGGGACGGACUACCAGGCGUCUAGCGGGCGGGUGCGGACGUUUCGAAAACUAUACCAGUUUGUGGCCCAGCCGUGUCUCAGUGUGAGGACUAAGGCGUCUGAAUUACCAUCGGUAGAGGUGGAAAAUAAAUCGCUAGGGCCUUAUGGGAGGACUAGACUGUUGAGGUAUGCGCUUGAAGCGCAGUUGGAGAAUGUAGGGGAUAGUGCCGUGGUGUUGAAGCAAACACGAUUAAAUUCUAAGCCACCAUUCAAGGCGACUUCGUUGAACUGGGACUACGAGCGACCCGACGAAUCGACAUGUCCGCCGCCGACCUUGAACCCGCGGGACGUACUGCAGGUCGCAUUUCUGGUUGAGCAGGAAGAAGGACAACAGGAUGGACUGGAGAAUCUGCAAAAGGACAUAAAGCGGGAUGGUCGGGCGACAUUAGGUCAAUUAUCGAUCGAAUGGCGAGGUGCUAUGGGAGACAAGGGAUUCCUGACAACGGGCAAUCUCUUGACGCGACGACGGGCGUAGACAUAGAG